UUCCUAGUUGCCAUCUAUGUGUUCAUUGCUCUACUAACCUUGCACUUGCAAUCACACAUCACAUCACAAAACCCUGGUUGGUUCUUGGUGUUAUUGUAUUCAUUUUUCUUGACUAAAUACCUCAAUAUUUGUUUUGUUAUUCAUAUAAUUGAUAACUUUCUUGUCGGGUGGCUGUAUGGUGAGGAUGGAGUAUGAAGUGCCUAAGUAAUGAGUUGAGUUCAAGUACUGUGAGGAAAACCAGUUGCAGUUCCCCGCAACUUACAGUCACCAAGUUCGUCUCCCCGGUUCAGUACAGAGCUGUCAGCUCGUUUACUCCCACCUCUCUCUCAUCUGGCGAGAUCAGUGUCGAACCAGAGGAUGUUCUCGACCAGAAGGGCCAGUCGCCUCCUGGAUUCUAUCAUGUCUACAACAGACGCACCGGUUGCACUGGAUAUGUUCCAAUUUCUACUUUGAAAUUAAGAGUAAAUCCCUGGAGGAGAUCAGAAUCUGAACGGAGUUACGACUCCAGCAAUAAUAAAACACCAACCAAACAAGGUAUAUUAUAUAGAAGGACAUCUAUGAUAUCCCGUGAGAGUAUAGACAAUGGUGCCGGAAAAGGUGCCGGAAACCACUCCAUGUCUCAUGUCUACUUUCUUACUCCAAUUUUGUGCAAGCACUGUAAUGAUUACAUAUGGGGAACUGGAAAAGUUGGAGUGCGAUGCGAGAAUUGCCACGCGUGUCUGCACUCCACCUGCGUGCGGUUCGCCGGCGAACACGUCUGCCAGAGGAACGCACACCUACUGCCUCCAGUCACACUCACCAAGGAAAAGCCGAUAACAGAGUGGACAUCUGCCAAUGUGGUUGAGUGGAUGGCCGCUCUCAACCUAUACCGCUACGCGGAUGUAUUCAAAUCCAAAGACAUCAAAGGAUCAGAUCUUCUGAAUUUGGACCGUGACAAACUGAUGAACAUGGGCAUCAAAGAUGAGUUUCAUCUGAAAGCCAUUCUGGUGUGCAUUGACGAGUUAUGCCGCAAAGGAAGUGACAUGCAGAAUGAGUCUAGCAUGGAAAACAGCGCAGCCGCAUCUGAUCAUUACCUCAGAAAGCAUAGUUUCUCGACUCUGGAACGCUGUGACAAGUGCCACAAAUACCUGAGAGGUUUAUCACAUCAGGGUUACAUCUGUCAAGAUUGCGGACUAGUGGCUCACCGCACUUGCUCGGCAACUGGACUGCCAUCUUGCUUGCCUCCUGGCAUUGGAGCUGAGCGCCAUGCUAGAAGCCCAUUCUGUUCCGUAUUUGGCCUGGGUCUGUGCGGCCAAUUCAACACCAAAGAUCAGCCGGCUCCCUACCUUGUGAUCCGCUGUGCUGAAGAAAUCGAGGCCAGAGCCAAGUCACUUCCCAGUCUCGACCUCUACAAGAUGUAUCGCUCAUCACCACCCCCCGAUAAAGUUGAUGAACUCCGCACCAAAUUCAACGAGGCUGAAGAUAUUACUGCGUUAGAUCUGUCAGCAUACGAGCCUAACUGCAUCACCAACAUCCUCAACAAAUAUCUCAGAGAACUUCCUGAUCCUGUCAUUCCUGUGCAGUGGUAUGACAGAUUCCUAGAGGCUUCAAGAGUUUGCAAUGAUGAUGAGCAGUGCAGUGUGUGCCUGAUGCAACUAGUCCAAGAACUGCCUGAACAGCACAAAUCAACUCUCACCUACCUGAUGGCUCAUCUUUGCCGCAUUUGUCAGAUGCAGUACAGUCGCGGAAUCAAGGAAGCGCCCACAAUCCUCAUUCAAGUUCUCUGCCAUAUUUUCUUGCGGCCUCCUUGGGAAAGAAUCAUCCAAGUGGUGUACAACACCGAAUCACACAUCAGAAUCAUGGAGUUGCUGCUGCUUCAUGGCGACUGGGGCGAGAAGUUACCCGAAUUUGCAUCCGCACCUGCGCUGCCCCCUCGAAAGUUGUCGCGUCUCGCUCCGGCCUGCGCCAUUCAGAUGCUCACUGAAAUGGACCCCCCUGCACCCGACGAGAUGCACAGCAACAAACUGAGCGAUGCCGAGUGGUACUGGGGCGAUAUCACUCGUGAUGAAGUGAAUGAAAAGUUGAUGGAUACUCCAGACGGUACUUUCCUCGUACGAAACGCAUCAACCAAAUCUGGGGAAUACACUCUCACCCUGCGCAAAGGUGGCUCAAACAAAUUGAUCAAAAUUUCUCAUCGCAGUGGCAAGUACGGAUUUUCUGAGCCAUUCAAGUUCAACACAGUUGUUGAACUAGUCAAUUUCUAUCGGAAUGUAUCGCUGGCGCAAUACAACGCCACGCUUGACAUCAAGCUGCUGUAUCCUGUGUCACGUUUUCAACAGGAGGAAGAAAUUGCCAGCUCCAGUGACAUCGAAAAGGUUGCUACAAAACUGUUGGAGAUACAUGAUACCUAUGUGGCCAAAACCAAGCAGUAUGAUGAGUACUCCGAAGAAUUCGAGAACAUCAACAAAGAGAUCAAUUUGAAGCGUCAAGCUCUGGAUGCGUUCAUUGAAACCGUCAUCAUGUUCGAAGAUCAAAUCAAACUGCAGGAGCGCUUCCAGAAGGAAGCUCAACCUCAUGAGGUUAAAAGUCUGAUGGAGAACUCUGAGAUCCUGAAAUUGCGCCUGAAAUCAAUGAACGAAAGCAGAAAAACGUUGGAAGACAGCUUGAAUCAGCAGGUGGCGUUCAGUCGUGCCAUUGAACGGGAGAUGCAAGCUCUGAAACCAGAGGUGAUUCAGUUGUUCCGCCAGAAGGAGAAGCAUGUGGCCUGGUUGGUGUCUCGCGGUGUCAAGCAGAACCGACUCAUGCAGUUGCUCCAGUCCGGCGGCGGUGUAAGGGCUCUGGUGCUGGGGGUAGAGGACUUGCCUCAUCAGGAUGAACUCACUUGGCUCCUCAACGAGUGUUCCCGCACUGAUGCUGAGCAGUACCUGGCUGGUAAAAAAGAUGGAACGUUCCUUGUUCGUCCCAGCAGUUCGGGCCAAUAUGCUCUGUCUAUUGCAUGCAAUGGAAUUACAAAUCACUGCAUCAUCUACAAAACAAAGCGCGGUUACGGGUUUGCAGAGCCUUACAACAUAUACGAGUCGCUCAAAGCUCUGGUCAUCCAUUACGCGCAGAACUCUCUGGAGGAGCACAAUGACUCGUUGACCACAAACUUGGCAUUUCCGGUGUUCGCACCUCCCAAUCCAAUCUCAACCUCCACCGACCAAAAUGACAACAGCAACAACAACAGCGUCACCGUCCCUCCCCUGCUCGGCUACAUCAACCUGGGCAACAUCAACAACACUCACUACUAGUGAUGGCAACAUCAACUACCAGUGAUGGCAACAUCAAUUACUAGUGAUGGCAACAUCAACAACACUCACUACUAGUGACUAGUGAUACAGUCAAACUGAAGCAAAUUGAAACAUGUUAUGGAGUUGGAAUUGAUGAGUUUGUCAGAGACUUGUUUACUGUGAUAUUGGUUGCGGAAUGAUAAAAGAUUAUUUUCUCGAUGGACGUAAGCUUUAAGGUUUCAUAUGCUCUUGGUCUGUUGUAUACGUUUGUUCGUUUACAAGCAGUCGUCACGCAUAUGUAAUGCAUAUUUUUUGUUUUAUUAUUUGUAGAUGAAAUAUUUUAUAACUUGGGUAAGCGUGGGUGUUUCCUACUACCAAGUUUUUUUUUUGUUUUAAAUUUCUGAGAAGAGUUUGAGAAACUUCAUUUUUUUAAUUUUACGUUAGCCAAAAUAAUAUGGCAAGUGUUAUUUCUUAUGUAUUUUUUCUUUUCUCUAUCGAUUUGAGAAAAAAAUCAGGCGAAAGUAGAUGCUUAUAAAAGCUUUAUUUACAAAACAGAAUGAACAGUCUGGUACUGGUGAAUAUUUAGUUUUAAUUAAAUUUGCAUCUCAAACGCCAAUAUUGAAUAUUGGACAGUUGCAUUGUGUCUUCAUUUACAAGGCAAGUAUUGAAGAUAUCACCUCAAAUUACAAAUAUUUCUAAUUCGUCAGGAUAUUUUAUUUGAUUGACCUGUUUUCAAUCUAUACAUGUUUUCAAUUAUUGGAAGUUAUUUUUUAUUUUUCAACGUAAUUUAUAUGAUGAAAAUAUUCAGAAAUGAAGUUUUUUAAACAUCUAAAUCUAUAUAAUCUAUAUGUAAUAAUUCUUGAAAUUUGAUAAGAAAAUGAUUGCAGCUGAAUAUUCACCACCCCUUGUCAAUGUGCAGUCAGUGUAGACCUUUUUAUAACUUCACUAAUCAUUGAUGUAUUAGACAAGUUUCCAAUCAUCGAAGUAUGAAGUUGAAAAAUGAUUUCGUUGCAGUGUUAUAGUGGUACAUUUUCUAUUGUAGGGAAUAGAAAAGAUGUUUCUUAUUCAGUGUAUGAUGAAACGAAAAAAAUAAAUACUGUAUGUGUAUUAUCAAUUACUUCUAGAUGUCAUAUUUCUUACUUCAAUUUAUUUUAUAUAUAAUAUUAUAUAUAGUUAUAUAAUUGAACAUCAAUCUAUAUAAUUAUAUAUUUAUAAUAGUAUUAUAUAUAUAAUAUUAUAUUCAUACAAUUGCCGUUAUUUGGUGUCGAUUUUUAAUUUUCUAUUUUCAGUGUCUGUUGUAAAGUUAAUUAUUUAAGCAUAGAGCACCAUAUAGUAGGAAUCAACGUUUACAAUACAAAUAGAAUAGUUUGAAUAAUUGUUAUUUGACUUUAUAAAAUAUCUGGAUCAAUUUGUAUGUUUCUAUUUGAAUAGAAUCUGCACCUUUUGUACAAGAUUUAGGAAUGCAUGAGUAUAAUAGUUAUUAAAAUACUAUUUUAAUCGGAAAGAAAUUGCUUUGCGGUUGGUCUAAUUGAGGAACGAUAUAAAUCAGUAAUUUAAUUAGAUGUAAUGUUACAACGCUAUUCUUGGUAAAUGAUAAGACCAUAUAAUCCAAUCAUUGUGUGUCAAUGUGAUCUCUUCUGUAUCAUUUUUAAUUACAUCAAUUUGUUACUGAAUCCUAUCACUCCUAUUAUGCAAGGAGAUGAAAAACAAUAUUGUACUUUGGCUCAGCAUGCAGGUUGUUAUGCAGUUCAGGCUUAGACAUGAAACCCAUCUUAGUUGCCAGGUGUAAUCUGGUGAUCUCUUUCAUUGAACUCAAGGCCAAUGCAUAAUUAUCUGCCAUUUUGAAAUAUUGUCAGGUGGACAAUAAAUUUAUGAAUCUCGAUGUCCAUAGAUAUUGCUACCAGCACUCGCUAAUACUGCCUGGUAUAGCUAAUUAUUCCUAUAUCAGUAACUCCUCUUUUCGAACAAAGAUUAUAUUCAUUUCAUAUAUUUAUACUCGGAUUAUUGAGGCUAUUUUCACGAGCAUUCUGUUUUAUAUGUUGAUUCAGUUACUCAAUUUCUUGGUUUGCUUCAAUUGGGGUCAAGAUUUUACUGAGUGAUUGUUUCAUUAUUGAUUUUCUGUUAUAAUUAUUAUGUUAUUAAUGAUAGCGUAGUUAGUAGAAUAGAAAUAAUUUUAAUUGAUUCUGGUCCCUGAGUGAAGAAGUUAUUCACUCGAUAACGUUUUUGUUACGAUUUUUCCAAGUGCCAAACUGGUUUUAAUGCUUGAUGGGGUGAUUGAUUUUUAUUUUAAUUACUAUCGUUUUUCUUUGAGUCGUAAGCCCAAUGUUUUGAUCUUAUUGGUGAGUCUAUACCAAUAUUACCCAUUUAUUACUAAGAAUAUUUAAAUUCCUCCUAAUUAUAUUGCUUUACCAUCAUUUUUAUAAUAUGUCUCAAUUAGAAAGUUGAAGGAUGGAAAUUAUUAUUUCCACGAGUUCUUUGAUGAAUGAAUGCUUAACAUUUCAAAAUUAUAUUCGAUUGGUUAGCCAAACGUAUUUUAUCAACAUGGAACUCGCACCUGAGGUUAAAGUGAAUGCGCGUGUGAGAAUGGAUGUCUUAUUUGCAAGUAUAGUAUGUAUAUAAAUUUAUAGAGCUGUUUUUACUGGUCAUUUCUAAUUAUCUGCAGAAAAAUGAAUGAGAAUAUUUUUCACGAUCUCAUUAUUUUUUAUUAUGUGAAUGUGAUGCGGUGGAUCACACGCUAGAGAAAAUUGGCUGAGAGUUUUAUAAAAUUUAAAUUUAUUGUUACCAAGUCCAAGAGAAGAUCUGGUUUGUUAGAGAACGAAAUACUUCUACUCUAAUUUAUAAACCAUUUUGUUGUGGUUUUGUUAUAACCCAUUUUGUUCUCUAGUUUACACUUUUCGAAUACGCAGUAUCACCGAUCUUUGAUAAUUUCCAUUCAUUUCAAAUUUGAAAUGAAAAUUGCCAAAAAUUAAUGAACUUACUCUGCAGGCCGUAAUUUGGUUAUUUUUUCUGAAUCUCCUUUGAUUAAAUUGAGAAUGAAUUUUAAAUAUGCUCAGUUAUAUUAAAAGAUAGUUGAACAAGCAAGAAUCAAAGGAAUUGGCGAAGACAUAAUGAUUUCAUAUAAUGUGAAAAUUUUCUUAUUCACAACUUUCGUGAUAGUUAUAAUCAAUUUUUUAGCUUGAUUCAAUUAAAAAUAGUAAUUUGUGCAACUAGUGCGCAAAGUGACACUUUGCUGCACUGAAAGAAACGUUUACGAAAGAAAGCUGAAUGGUUUCUUGAGUUCAGCAAAGGAACUUUAAGCACCUAUUUCACAUUAAAUUUUUCCUGCAGUUACCAUUAAAUAUGAAAAGUGAGUAAUUAUGGGUAGAAUGUCUGGAAAUCCAUCAAAUGUUUGUCUGUAUGAUUUUGUAAUUAAUAACAAAUUUAAUUAAUUGUAAAAUUGAUAAUUUAAUAAAAAAUGUUUUAUUUCUAAAUAAAAAAUUCUUUAUAUCUUAAAAUUUUCAAUUUUUUGAUUUUCAUAUUUUAGUAUUUUUUUAUUUUCAAAUUUUAGAAUUUUCAAAUUUUUGUUUCAAAUUUUUUAAUUACCAAAUUUUUGAAGUUUUAGUUUUCAAUAUUUAAAUCUUAAAUUUAAAAAUUUUUAUUAUUUUAUUAAUUAGUUUUAAAUAUUGAUUUUGUCAAAAUUACAUGGAUAAUUUACCAUUGAAGUUGAAAAUUCUCAGCCAAAAAUGGAGACUGUGAAUGGAUUCGAACCCCCAAUCUCAUCAUCCUUUUCAAUAUUAUAUAUAUCUACUGUGCCACUCUCAGAUGAUUGAAAGCUUGAAGGGGGUUUAUCGUAUGUAAGCAUUGAGUUGAAUACCACAGUCAGUGUUACCAACUUAAUUUCGAUUUUCCUGCACUGGUCCUCUAUAUAACCUAAUAACUACUCGUAUUUUUCAUUGCCAUGCUGCAAAUCUGGAUUACGCAAAGUGCGCACUAGUGCGGAAAAGUGAUUCUUUGCGGCCUGCAAUCAGUACAGAAAUGGUCACUUUUCAAGGUAUCUGUAGGAAAAAUACAUGUCAAUUAUCCAGUAUCAUAUAAAAUUAUGUGAAAACACGUUUUCAAAUUAAUUUAUGAUCAAACUAUUUUAUAACAACUGUACCAUAUUGUUAUUACAGUUGAACCUCUGUGUAAAGCAGUUGAUUGAUUAUCCUGAGAAACAAAUCGUUGUUGAGAGGUACUCGUUGAAUAGAUAUGAAAAACCAUUAAAUAUUAUGUGACAAAACUCGUUAUGUAGAGGAUUUCGUUAUUCAGAGGUUCCUUACAUAGAGGUUCGUCUGUAUUGAAAGAUUGGUUCAAGAGUUGUGCUCAAAAAAAAAUGUAACAGUUAAAUUUAUGAUCGCAUGUUACAAUUCAAAAUCAUUUUUUUAUUAUUUCAACGGGGACUGAUUCAUGUGUAAGAAAAGUAUGUAAAAUAUUUCUUUAAUAUCAUGCCGGUUGGCUUUAUGAAUAUUCUUUAUUUUAAUAUUGUCAGUUUUUUGCUUCUUGUUUUGAUUAUUAUAUCUAUUCUGAAAGAAAUGAUUGGAAUUUUCAUUUUAAUCAAUUAUGUUUGUUCAUUAUAAUAUAAAAUUUAGCCUAUAGAUGAUUUUCAAGACAAUUCCUAUUGCUUGAAAAUGUUGAUGGUAUAGAUUGUGAAUGUAUAAUUAAUGUAAUGUGUUUUACUCUGCAAGGUAUCAAGGAUGUUGAUGCAAAGCAAUAUUGCCUUCGAAAGUUGAUGCUGUGGGUGAAUACACGUCAAUGGAUCUGGCAACUAAACUCAGGGCCAAGCUAAAGUCAAGACUUGGUUCAUAUUAGAAUAGAGAAUUCACUUAAUUGGUGUUAGAAUUGUCUAGCUUUGCCCCGUGCUCAGUUGUCCAUUGAUGUGCCUUCGACGCCCAUACUGCUUUAUUUGCAGCCAGCUUUCUUGAUGCCUGACAAAUUCGCAAAACUAAUUAUCAUCUUAAUCUAUUCUGAAGAUUUUGUAUAAAAUAUUUAUAUAAGCGUUGAUGUUAUUAAUAAUAUAUCAUGCAUUGGUAAUUGAUAAUUAAUCGUGAAACACCGAUGAUUUAUGGAAUUUGAUGUUUUCCAGAAAACGUCUUCAGAUUCAUUCAAGACUGAUCGUCUUUUGUUUCAUUUUACUUUUUCAAACAAUUUUGUGUAUAUUUGAAAUAAGUAUCUUAUAGUUGCCCAUCUGUUUAGUGAAACAGUCUUCUAAAUGAAGCUUUUGAUGCUUAUUUUUUAGAAUAUCCAAUUGACUUGAACUACCGUUCAAUUAAUUGUUCUUCAUUUCUACCCGUUUCAUUGAUUACAUCGUCUAUCAUGUUUAGUAUUUGGAAGUUAUAGUAUUUAGACCUAUGAAGGCGAUAUAGCAUAUUCUUUGUUUAUAUAUUAUUCUGCUUCCAACAUUUAUUCAGUGUGUGUGAACCAAUCAAUAUAUGAAAUCUACAUCUUUAUAUUUUAAUUUUUCCCCAGCCAUUUACUACAUACAGUAUAUAUAUCUAUGAAAAUAAAUAAAUGUGUGCAUGUGUGAGUGGUGUAGUUAUUCCAGCUCUUUUUGAACUGUAAAACAAAACAAGUUGAAGUAAUUUUUCUGCUCAUCCUACAUACUUGAUGAACAUUCAUGUUUGGAAGUUUGAAAUAAUUUUGAAUGAUGAAUUCAUAUGUCCCAUCUUGAAAAUUAAUACAACAAAAUGUGUAAAUACCAUUCAAAAUGUGUGAUAUCUACAUCUUAAGAAAAUAUUGAAUUAUAAAUAUAUAUGAUCGUUUGUUGUUGCUUCAACUAUGUUUGAAUGAAAAAUUAAUAAUUGUACGGCAUGUGCAAAAUGUGAUUGAGUAAGAGGAGAUUAUCAAUAUUUUCUUCGUACUAAUGAGUAAUCCAUAUUUGGUUCACAUUUGUAGCGGAAUAUUAUUUGAUUUUAUAUUUUUAUCUGAUUUAUCCAAAUUAGUUUUGCAUUGCUCAGUUAUUUGAAAAAUCACAUUUUUUAAUUCGAGAACGUCGUUAAUUCCUGUUUGAUGAAACUUGAAAUUCUAUACAAAAUAUCAUAAAAUCAUGUUAAUUACCCGUAAAGGCCUAAUGUUUAUGAAAUCAAUAAUAAUGGUAUUUUUAAAACCAUUACAAUCAACGAAAUAUUGAUUUUCACGAAGUACUUCCUUUAGAGUACUGAAUUAUUCUCAAUUUUUACAAUAGAUUGAUUAUCUUAAAUUUUCAACGGUUGAUUUCAAUUUCAACUAAACAUUCAACAUUUCUAUUAGUAAUGUUAUGCUAUAUGAAAUUAACUCAAUCUGACUUCUGAUUCAAUUUUAAUAAUUCUGAUUUUCAUCAAACAAUAGCAAAACGCUUUGAAUGAGCUUGGUAAUUGUAUUCAUUUACAAUCUUUACUAGUUAUUUUCAAAAUAUAAGUUAUAUAUUUUAUUAAACGACUAGUAUUCUAUUUUUGAAGUUCAAAAGUAUACAUAUUUUUCCUCUUAAUUAAUAAUAACAAAUACAUAUUUUCUUAUUAAUCAGAGAAUGUAUUUUUCAAGCUUUUUUGUUUAUUCCUAGGUUUUUUGUCUCCAUAUCCAAAUCCUAAUUUGUUUUUUUUUAUUUUGUAAACAACCCAUUCAUGCAUUUCACUAACAUGAAAUAAAGCUAAAUUAUCAAUGGAAAAAUUAUUUAUCUUCUUGAACAUCAGAUUAUAGUGACUUAAAAUUGAAAUAGCAAACAGAAAUUAAUAAAGGUCUCGAAUUACUUCAUUAUAGUUUCUUAGUUAGCUCUGAACAGUAGCUAUGUAUUUAAUUUUUAUCUUUGAUGAAAAUUCUGAUCAAAACUAUUGACUACUAGUCAAUUAUUAAAGAAUCGUUAACUUCCAUAUUGAAAUUAAUAGAGGCCCUAGAAUUUCUGUAUAAGUACAAAAUAUUAUUGGGGUUUUCAAAUAUUGCAUGUUGAAAUCUUGAGUAUUAUUUUAUACUUGUUUUGUUUGCUACAAACUAAAUGUUAUACGUUUUGCAUUUUAUCAUGAGUUAGUAUAUUUUAUAGUUUAAAUGUAUAGAUAGUAUUUCUCAUUAUAAUCGAUGUUCCCAAACUACUACCUAUAUAUGUGUAUUACGUUGAAUGAUAUAUUGUAGUUCUCUUACAUUAUUUUGGGCAUUAGUUAUCUAUCUACUGCCGUUGUGAUAAUGUACGAAUCGAUGGUAUAUUAAUAUUUGUAUCGUUUUGUAAAAAAAUGAAAUAAAGUUAAUCAUACAAUA